AAGUGGUUCUUAAAAAUGGCUUCGUUAGCAGCGGCGCAAGUACAAGAAGUCAGGUCAAUAACUCGUAUAGAACGUAUCGGCGCUCAUUCUCACAUACGCGGGCUUGGUUUAGACGAUGCGUUGGAACCAAGAGCUAUAUCCCAGGGCAUGGUGGGCCAGAAGAUGGCGAGGAAGGCGGCUGGCGUCAUCCUGCAGAUGAUUCGAGAAGGCAAAAUAGCAGGCCGAGCUGUGUUGCUUGCCGGUCAGCCAGGUACGGGGAAGACAGCUAUCGCUAUGGGCUUGGCUCAAGCUCUUGGACCUGAUACACCGUUUACGAGCAUGGCCGGAUCAGAGAUAUAUUCGCUGGAAAUGAGCAAAACAGAAGCGUUGACACAAUCUAUAAGAAAAUCCAUUGGAAUAAGGAUCAAAGAGGAAUCCGAGAUAAUCGAGGGCGAAGUCGUGGAGGUGAUGGUGGAGCGCUCCGCGGGGGGAGGGGGGGCGCGCUCCGGACGACUCACGCUCAAGACGACCGACAUGGAGACCAACUACGACAUGGGAACUAAGAUGAUCGACUCGCUGCUCAAAGAAAAGGUUCAAGCUGGAGACGUCAUAACAAUAGAUAAGGCAACGGGGAAGAUCAAUAAGUUGGGAAGGAGUUUUGCACGCGCUAGAGACUACGACGCAACGGGUCAACAAGCGCGCUUCGUUCAGUGUCCGGAGGGUGAGCUCCAGAAGCGUAAGGAAGUCGUCCACACGGUGACAUUACACGAAGUUGACGUCAUCAAUUCUAGAACGCAUGGUUUCCUAGCGCUAUUUUCUGGUGAUACGGGAGAAAUAAAGUCGGAGAUACGAGAACAAAUCAACAGCAAAGUAGCGGAAUGGAGGGAGGAGGGGAAGGCGGAAAUGAUACCAGGUGUCCUCUUCAUUGAUGAGGCCCAUAUGCUGGACAUCGAAUGUUUCUCGUUCCUAAACCGAGCGUUAGAAUCUGAAACGGCACCGGUCGUGAUCAUGGCGACGAAUCGAGGCAUCACGCGCAUCAGAGGGACGAACUACAAGAGUCCCCAUGGAAUACCACUCGACCUCCUGGACAGGAUGAUCAUUGUGCCAACGACACCGUACUCCCACCAGGAAUUGAGAGAAAUUUUAAAUAUUAGAUGCGAAGAGGAAGACUGUCAAAUGUCAGCGGACGCACUAACGGUGCUCACCCGGGUCGCAACCGAAACGUCUCUGAGAUACGCGAUACAGCUGAUAACAACUGCGUCACUGGUGGCCAAGCGGAGGAAGGCAUCCGAGGUCAGCAUGGAAGAUGUUAAGAAGGUCUACUCAUUAUUCCUGGACGAGCAUCGUUCCGAACAGUUCCUGAAAGAGUAUCAAGAUGAAUUUAUGUUCAACGACGGGGGUGGAGAUGCAGCGCAGAUGAUGGAAGUUGCUCAGUAGCAUAUGAAAAUAUAACGUGACAAUUCCAAAUGCUUUAUACGAAACAAUUUAUUGUGUUAAUACUUUGGGUGCAUUCAGAUUAAAUAAUAUUAAAGUUAAGAAAAAAAAGCAAGAG